ACGAGAAAAAUUACUAUUUAAUAUGGUAAAGUCGACUCAAUUCAAAACAUGGUAAACAUAUAUGGUAUCCACGAAUGUUGUAGCCGAUUGCUUACUGGCUUUAGAUUCUAAGAAGUGUUUACCUUCGGCGCUUAUGUGAUCCAAUUCCCAGCAAAUUUUUGAUUGUUAUAUUUUUUUUAUAUGCGGCGUAUUAAAUUAAAUUUGUAAUGCUUAUGCGACCUAAAUAUUUACACUUGGACGUAUGCAAGGUAUGUGUUUGACAUAUCGAUAUAAAGCUGUGGCUCGGGAGAUUUCCGUUACUUCUGAUAUGCUGCCUUGCUGCCAACUGCCACAGGCGCGCGGCUAAACAAAUACUUUAGCUAGGAAUCAAGGCGAACAAAAACCCAGUGUGCUUAAAAAACUCGUUUUGACAAAAAUUAAGGAACUGUUUCUAGUGACGUUAUAUAAACGUUUUAAACCUGUGUGUUAUCGAUAAACGAUGGUGUUGGCGAUGGAGGAUCAACAAGCUCGGUUUUGUGGACCGCUGCUCAGCCAAUAUGACCCAGCAGUGCUAGACGUGUUUAAAUUAGAAAUGGCGUACGGCAUCGAGCGGUUCUUCUUCCUGUCGUACUGCCUGGCGUGCUGCUGGCCGCAGCUGCAGGUGACGGGGCAGACGCGCGGGCUCCGCACGGUGCGCCAGUGGGCCGAGCUGGACUUCCAGUUCCCAUCCGAGUCCAUGCGCUCGGCCGCCUUGGCCAACCGGAAUUAUGUUCCUGGAAACUCGGUGCCUAUUGAUGUCGAUGUGCAGCAUAGACGAGGCAAUUUGCAAUCGCGCAUCUUCGUGACCAUCCCCCGGUUCGAUGAGGGACGGCCGAUGACGCUGGGCACAGUGGACGAGAACGCGCGCAUUUAUCCAUACCCUGACUACACCUGGCAUGACAACCAGGGGCACAACUGCGAUGGCAUGACCUCCGUCUUCAGAGUAGCUAUCGAUGAGUGCAACCGGCUUUGGGUGAUGGACACGGGCAAGAUCGGGGACAACCAGGUCUGUCCGCCGCAGCUCCUGGCCUUCGACCUGAGCAACGACAUUCUGAUCUACCGACACAGAGUCAAUGCCUCAAACUAUGUGGAGUCUUCACUGUUUAUUACCCCAGUGGUAGACAUCCGCAAGUCCAGCCCCGAGGACUGCGCGGACACGUUCGUGUACGUGGCUGACGUUACCGGCUUCGGCAUACUGGUCGUGGAUGUGGCGCGUGACCGUUCCUGGCGCGUCACGCAUCGGCUCAUGUUCCCCUUCCCAUCGCGCGGGAGCUUCACUAUUGAUGGUGAGAGUUUCGACCUGAUGGAUGGAGUGCUAGGGAUGGCGCUGUCGCCGUGGCGACGAGGGCGCGAUCGUUACCUUUACUUUCAUUCGCUCGCCUCCACUACUGAGAAUGUAGUCAGGACCGGCGUGCUGCGCAAUGACUCCUUCAUCGAAGAUUCCAACGCCGACCCCCGCUCCAUUAAUGUUUUCCCGGAGGAACGCACGUCACAGUCAGCAGCCGAGGCCAUGGACCGCGACGGCGUCCUCUUCUUUGGGCUCAUGGACCCUCCAAGCAUAUGGUGCUGGAACUCUGCCACCGAAUACACUCCACGAAACUUCCAUCAAAUCGCCAUUGACAGAGAGACACUACAGUUCGCCAGCGGCAUGAAGAUUAUUAACAAUCUUAAAGGCGAUCAAGAACUCUGGAUCUUGACUUCCAGCUUUCAAAGAGUUAUGACAGGAUCUCUCAAUUCUAACAGAGUAAACUUUAGAAUUCACGCCCAAAGUGUUUCUCGGCUUCUAGAAGGUUCCGCAUGCAGGACUCCCCCAAAGGAUCGGUACCAUGGCUACCAUGCGAAUCUUAUUACGCCGACGGGAUACAGACGUAUUACUCCCAAAUAUGGCGUUGUAUCACAUCUUUAGAAAUUAGUGCAUUUUAUGAACAUUUGCUCAAUACUAUAAUGUGGUACAACUGGCCAUAUAGGGGCGAUUAUUUUUAAACUUGUUUGAUAAGUAUUUAAAUAAAUUAUUAAUGACAAUAACAAAAUAA